AUGCCUGACCGAACAUAUCAAGCUCAAUUUCUUCCAUUCGACGAUAAUACUACAAGUCCCGUUGUAUUAGCAACAACAAGCACAGAUGGCCAGUGUUUACUUGAACGUCUCUUUUCAAUCAAUAAUGUCUCCGCUGUUAAUUCUUCGAAAAAUAUGUCAAUGUCUGCAACUAAAUCUACAAAAAAAAAUUUAUCGAAUACCGUGCCGAUGGCACGGCCAUUCGACGAAUUUUCUACAGGUAUAGCAAUAAUACCGUCUGGUCCUUUAGAUGGACAAAAUUUUGAUCAAACAAUAAAAUCAGACAAAGAUUAA